CUUAAAAAUGACAAUCCAUUCAAGAAGUGACACCUUCCAGUUUGUGAAAUUUCACCUGUAAUUUUUUUUUUUUUGAAGACAAUGACAGUGUUUGGCAAUUUGGGUGGAGAAGUUUUCAAAUAUAUAACAUGGUGGUGAUCAGCAUGGUUUAGUUGGAGAAUAUCUACUGAAGAGUUGUCAUUAACUCAACCCAACAACAAAAUCUGAACCAACAGACUACCAUGGAGGCUUUUAUUCUCUUUUCCUUCAUGUUCCUGGCUAUGUUCUCAGUGUCUUCAACCCAGAUUCAGAAAGCAAGCAUUUUCAAACUAGAAGAUAGCCCAGGACUUUCAGUUAUUCUAGAGAAAAAAAAUGAAGAUAACUAUCAAGAAGGAAAAAAGGAAUCUAACAAACAAGGAGACAGUAACACACAAGGAAAACAAGGGGCAUUCAAUAUGCAAGGAAAACCAGAGUAUUCUAAGCAGCCAGAUAAAUUAGGAAAUUCUAAUCAGCAAGGGAGGCCAGGAGUUUUCAACCAACGUGGGAUUCCAGAAGCUUGGAUUCCCCAAGGAAAUGCAGGAGAAUCUAACCAAAAAGGGAAUUCAGAAAAGUCUAAUGACCAAGAGAAGCCAGGGUCAUCGAGCCAGCAAGGAAAGCCAGGGUCUUCUAGUCAGCAAGGGAAUCCAGGGUCAUCAAGCCAGCAAGAGAAACCAGGGUCAUUGAGCCAGCAAGAGAAGCCAGGGUCAUUGAGCCAGCAAGAGAAGCCAGGGUCAUCGAGCCAGCAAGGAAAGCCAGGGUCUUCUAGUCAUCAAGGGAAUCCAGGGUCAUCAAGCCAGCAAGAGAAGCCAGGGUCAUCAAGCCACCAGCAAGAGAAGCCAGGGUCAUCAAGCCAGCAAGGGAAGCCAGGGUCUUCUAGUCAGCAAGGGAAUCCAGGGUUAUCAAGCCAGCAAGAGAAGCCAGGGUCAUCAAGCCAGCAAGGGAAGCCAGGGUCUUCUAGUCAGCAAGGGAAGCCAGAGUCUUGUAGUCAGCAAGGGAAGCUAGGGUCUUCUAGUCAGCAAGGGAAUCCAGGGUUAUCAAGCCAGCAAGAGAAGCCAGCGUCAUCAAGCCAGCAAGGGAAGCCAGGGUCAUCAAGCCAGCAAGGGAAAUCGAGGUCUCUUUGUAAUCCAGAAGAAAGGAAAAAUAUAGGCACCUCUUUGAAUGGCAAUAUAAUGGAGACUCAGGUUAGUGUUAGUAUCUUUACUUUUCCCCCUUAGUCAAUUACCUCAGCCAUUCUAUUUCCCAGGACUUGAAGUGGUUAGCAGAACACACUAAUGACAAACACUUUGCAAUGACAGUGAUCCACCAAAGUGAGAACUUUGGAGCUGAUUAUUUCUGCACACAACGCUCAUGAUCAUCGAGUGCCAUGUCCUUCCAUUUCAUCUCACAUUGCUCUCUAUUGUUGGCCACUCAAGCCCUUCUACCUCUACUGGGCUAGUGUGGACCCCCUUCAACUGACUCUACCCCUCACAAGGCUUAACUUUCAUACCAGUUUCUAUCCCAUUCAUUA